AAAAACUAAACGUUUGCUAAACCCUAAGUCUCUCUCUCUCUCUUUCGCCACCGACAAGAACAAUGGGUGCGAAGGCGAAGAAAGCUCUGAAGAAGAACAUGAAGAAGAUAACAGCUUCGGCUGCUUCUUCUUCUACUUCUUCGAAGCUGGCUGUUGUUCCCCAGAACGCGAAACCAUCGGCAGAUUUUUUGCCACUAGGAGGAGGUCCAGCUCGGAAAGCACCAGUGACUAAACCUCUUGAGAGUAAAGCGACGGUGCUAUACAUCGGUAGACUCCCUCAUGGAUUCUAUGAGACUGAGAUUGAAGGUUUCUUCACGCAGUUUGGAACAGUCAAGAGAGUUCGUGUCGCAAGAAACAAAAAGACUGGGAAGUCAAAGCAUUUUGGGUUCAUACAGUUUGAGGACCCUGAGGUGGCGGAAAUUGCAGCGGGUGCGAUGAAUGACUAUCUGUUACUCGAGCACAUGCUUCAAGUCCGUGUUAUUCCACCAGAGGAUGUUAAACCCAAUUUGUGGAAAGGGUUCAAGUGUCAGUACAAACCAGUGGAUUGGGUUCAGAUCGAGCGUAAACAACACAACAAGGAAAGGACACUGGAAGAGCAUAGGAAAAUGUUGCACAAGGUAGUGAAACGUGACCAGAAAAGGAGAAAGAGAAUCGAAGCUGCUGGAAUAGAAUAUCAAUGCCCCGAGCUUGUUGGAAAUACCCAGCCAUUACCUAAGAAGAUCAAGUUUAGUGAAGACUAAGUUGUGGAGAAUACAUUUUCUAUAAGCAAUUUUGGAAUAGGUCUUGCUUGUUGUUCUUCUGACAUGGGAUCCAAAUCUCAACUUUUUUGAAAUAUCUGUUAUUGCAAUGAAAAUUGUGUUUGAACAAAGUUUUGCAAAGAACUAUACACAUGACUAGAUGAGAUCAUCAUCAUCAAACGCUUGCUUAACAGUAUGCUGCAAAAUCUGAAGGGGUUGUGUGAUGAUUACGUGGAGAAGAAGGAACUUGUAGUACAUGGAACUCAUCAAAAUCAAACCCUAAAUCUUCAACCGCCUUGUCCACCUGCGAGUUGCCAGGGAUUUGUCAAGAACAUUAAAGAGGAGGAUUAGAUCGUAGUGGUUUCUGACAACAAUAGCAACGGGGAUUUUGUUAUACACGGAACUAAUGAGGAGUUAGGUCAAAACCAAACCCUAGAUUUUCAGUUGACUUCUUCUGCAAGUCAUUGCAUUCAGGAUGUUUCACAUGAGAAUUUCGAGGGGUGUGUCAAGAGCAGUGAAAAGGAGGAUCAUAUCGUAGCGGUUUCGGACAGCAGAAACAACUUGGAUUAAUCAAAAGAACUUGAUAUUAAUUCAUUCCUUGGUUUUGAGAUGAAUCCUGAAGGUUUUCUGACGACUAGUUUGGAGAUGGAUGAUGUCUCUAUGAUGAUGAAUACAGAUCAAAAUCAAAACUGGUGUUUUAACUCUGAAUCUGUUGAAGAUGGAGCAGUAGUGUUUCUCAGAGAUUUGGAACAAAAUAAUCUCCAAUUCUCUGAUAUUACAAAACUGAUAUAAAUACACUAAUGAAAUAAAACACGACAUGGCUACAGAAGAACAUAGUAGUAUUGAUCAUUGCCAAAUAUCACCUGUAACUUUUCUUUUUCACGUUUCUUCAAAAUCAUAGUAGUCCGAAGAAAAACGAAAAAACAAAGUCAGGAUGGAUCAUGUUAAGGUAGUGAGGUAAUACCAUCAGUAAAAAGAACCCUAAAAAAAUCUAAACCCUAUGUACAAUAUCACCGUAGAAAAACUAUACACAACAAAAAGGCAACAGAGAUUAUAUACUCUCAUAUCAUCAUCCUCUUUGCAAAAAUGCCAGCCAAAAACCUAAAGUUCUAUUUCAGUUCCAGUAGUUUGCGUACCAAGCUUGUAACUUCUUUUUUCCAUCAUUACCAAUAUCUAUCAGUUCAAGAAUAGUUUUGAAGACAACUCGAUCAGUUCAAGAAUAGUUUUGAAGACAACUCGAUCGGUUCAGCUACUUUCUUGGCUUCUGCAAUCUUAAGAGCCAUCGUGGCUUUGAAAACAGCCAAAUCUGCAUUCUCUCCAAGAACUUGCGCUCUUCUUCUUCUAGCAAUGGCAAUCUCCAUGGUUGCUUCAGCCAAGGCUUUGGUUUCUUCCACUCGAAGAAUAGCCUCUUGCUCCUCCAAAGCUUCUUGUUCAGCCGUCUUUACAGCCCCUGUCCACGUUAAACCGCCCACACAAAUUCAGAUCUUUUCUCACUCAGUGUGUACUCUGUGGACCUAAGUGCCACUUUUAUUGAGCUUAAUCAUCAAUAUCUAACUUCAAAUCUAACAACAACAAAC